AUUUAUUUAGUAUUUUUAUUUAUUUUAUCUAUAAUGUUUUUAAUUAUUUCCCCUAGAUUAAUUUCUAUUCUUUUAGGUGGAGAUGGUUUAGGGUUGGUUUCUUAUUGUUUAGUAAUUUAUUUUCAAAAUUAUAAAUCUUAUAAUGACGGUAUAUUAACUGCUUUAUCUAAUCGGAUUGGAGAUGUUGCUUUAUUAAUUUCUAUUUCUUUAAUAUUUAAUUUAGGAAGUUGAAGGUUUUAUUUUUAUUUAGAAUUUAUAAAUUUAAAUUGAAUUUUUUUAUUAAUAAUUAUUAUGGCUUCUAUAACUAAAAGGGCUCAAAUUCCAUUUUCUUCUUGAUUACCAGCAGCUAUAGCUGCUCCAACUCCUGUUUCUGCUUUAGUACAUUCAUCAACUCUUGUUACUGCGGGAGUUUAUUUAUUAAUUCGAUUUAAUCAUUAUUUAAUUUAUAAUAAAAUUUACUUAUUUUUUUUUUUAUUAUUAGGAAGUUUAACUAUAUUAAUAUCUGGUUUAGGGGCAAAUUAUGAAAUAGAUUUUAAAAAAAUUAUUGCGUUAUCUACAUUAAGUCAAUUAGGGUUAAUAAUAAGAAUUUUAUCUUUAGGUUAUGUAAAAUUGGCUUUUUUUCAUUUACUAACUCAUGCUUUAUUUAAAGCUUUAUUAUUUUUAUGUGCAGGGGUUUUUAUUCAUAGAAUAAUAAAUUUUCAAGAUAUUCGAUUUUCAGGAGGAUUCUCUAAUCAAUUAAUUAUUGUAUUAAUUUAUUUUAAUAUCUCUAGGUUAGCUUUAUGCGGGAUACCUUUUUUAGCGGGAUUUUAUUCAAAGGAUAUAAUUUUAGAAUUUGUAUUAAUAUCUAAUGUAAAUAUUAUGAUUUUUUUUUUUUUUUUUUCAACUGGUUUAACAGUUAUAUAUUCUUUUCGUUUAAUUAAUUAUUGUUUGAUUGAUUUUUUAGGUUUUAUGAUUGUUUCAAUAGGUGAAAGUAGUUUUAUAUUAUUUCCUAUAAGAUUUUUAAUAUUUUUAUCUAUUUUUGGUGGUUCGAUAUUAAUAUGAUUUAUUUUUCCUUUUUUUAAUUUAGUUUUGUUAAGAUUAAAUUUUAAAUUAUUAACAUUAAUUGUUUGUUUUUUAGGUUUAAUAUUUGGUAUAUUAAUAUUUAAUUUUAAAAAUUUUUAUUAUUUAAAUUUUUUAUUUUUAAAAUUUAAAUUUUAUUUUUCUUUAAUGUGGUUUAUACCUAUUAUUUUUUUGUUUUUAUUUGAAUUUUUUAGUUUUAAAAUUUAUUAAUAAAUAUAAGUUUUAUUUGGAUUUAGGUUGAAUAGAAUUUUUAGGAGGUCUUUCUUUUAAGAAUUUUAAUUAUAUUUAUUUUUUUAGUUUUUUUUAAAUUUUAUAAUUUUUUUUAUUUGGUUGUUUUAUUAGUUAUAAUUUUAUUUUUAUAUUAAUAAUAAUUGAGAAAA